AUGUUUGUACAGAUGAACGUGGAACGGACAAUGAUUCUGUUGCUUUGCUUCCAAAUGGCCUGGAUUCGGGGUAGCAGCAGCGAGCAACCCCGUGAGAAGAGACAACUGUAUCCUCCGCCACUUGUUUACCCGUUAGGCGGCACGUUCAAGAUGCUCAUAGGCGUCGCCGUUCCGAUACAAAUCCCCGGCAGAACGUUGGUCUACGGCCAGAACGUGCAGUUCCAAUUCUCCCUGCCAGACAACGCGACCUUCUUCACCAAUUUCUUCGAGAACUCGUCGCGUCGACGCAGAAACGUCAACCGGAACGAGAGGACAGCUGUCUACGACAUCCUCGAGCGCGAACUAGACAGAAGAAACAUUGACGGAAGGAGUUGCCUUAAGAAGAAUAUUUGCGAGGCAGCCGCGACGCCGGUGAAAGACGACGGACUGCUCGGAGAACUGCUGCAUUUGCUGCUCAGUCCUGACGAGGGGGGCGUUUCGAGCAUGGACCGAGAGUACUUGGACGCGGCGGCAGCCGGGAGAAGAUGCGAGAACUGUUCGACGAUCUAUCCCACGUGUCCCGAUGGUCUAGGAAUUUUAGAUCGAAUCUCCACCGUUUAUUAA